UCUAAAGCAUCAGAAGGGGAAGAGACGUGUGGAAAUAGAAGAGAAAGACGAUCAUGGCUUCGUUAAAUCUUGGCUUUAACGGGGCACGUAAAAAAGCAGCGGCGCGAAUCAGAACCGUAGAGAGGAGAAAUCUGAUCACUGUGUGCAGGUUUUCAGUGAAGACUCUCAUUGAUCGCUCGUGUUUUGAGACGAUAGAUGACACAUCUUCUGAGUUCAUCAACUUUGUCUCCAUUCUGGAACAUAUUCUGAGCCAUAGACUCAAAGGUCAGGUCAGUUGGUUUGGCUACGAGAGCCCACGCAGUUUCUGGGAUUACAUACGUGUGGCAUGUAGUAAAGUCCCGCACAGCUGCAUCCACAGUAUUGAGAACAUGGAGAACGUCCGCAGCUCUAAAGCAAAGGGUCGUGCCUGGAUAAGAGUAGCGUUAAUGGAGAAGCGUUUGUCUGAAUACAUCUCUGCAGCUCUAAGAGACUUCAAAACUACCAGGAGGUUUUAUGAGGAGGGGGCGGUAGCUCUGGGGGAGGAGGCAGGGCUUCUGGCUGAUACUCUGAUUGGACUAAAUGCCAUUGACUUCAGUUUCUGUCUGAAGGGGGAGGGGCUUGAUGAGAGCUGUCCUGUCGUCAUUGACUACACGCCAUACCUUAAAUUCACACAAACGUCUGGCAGCAUCAGCAGUGAUGAGGAGGAAAUGAGAACACUGGGCAGCAGUGGCAGUGAAGCAGGCACUCCUGAAUCUCACAUGGCCGCCAGUCUGAUGGCCGAUCAGAGCAACUGGUACAGCAAGAGCAAACGAGUAGAGCAGAAAUACAGAGUGGUGCUGGAACAAAAGGGUUAUCUGGAGGAGUUGGUGCGUUUGAGGGAAGCUCAGCUCUCUGAAUCAGUCUCUCAGAAUAAAUCUCUCCUGCAGCGACUCUCAGACACUGAAAUCAGACACAAACUGGAAAAAGAGCAGCUGGAGUUCAUCAUACUGGAGCUACAGGAUCAACUAACAGUGUUAAAGAACCAUGACCUGCGCUCCAGACAGGAGCUUACCUCUCACCUGACAAAUCAGUGGCCCUCACCUGCUGCCUUGGAUACCAACGCGGUUGCCUUGGAUACACUCCUGUACAGGAAACGCACAGGACCGUGGGAGGAGAAGAGCUUCCAGAGUUUGGAGCAACUGUCUGCGGAUAUGAGUCUCUCUCAGAUGUCUCUUGAUCCUGCACAACAGAACACACAGAGUCUGGACAGCAAGGCAGGACUAACACACUGGCACAGAGAAGGGAAAGAAGAUACUCCUUCUCUGAGGGGUUUGUGUGGAUCAUUGACCUCAAUUGCCAGUUACAAAUCUCUGGCCAGUCUAAAGUCCAGUGAGUAUCUGGCCAGUCCAACAACAGACAUGACCAGCCCAGGACUCACUCCGUCCUGAACAUGUAGACAAGUACGGACAUUAUAAACUCACACAGGCUUAUUUUAAGCAGACACACUGAUGCAAACACAAACACCGUACUGCUUGAGAAACAAUGGUUUGGACUUUGAAUUGAGGUGAAGAAAUUGAAGACAAAGAAUAAGAUAAAAAAACGACCUAUCAGUACUGUCCUCAGAGCUUCUAAGAGACAUUACUGCAGGAUAAGAUGCCAACCUAGUUCUGUUCUGACUGGUUUUAGUUUAAUCUGAAGUGAAAUCUGUUCAAAUGUGAACAUUUUGUCAUUGUCAAGUCCAUAGCUAGUGUUCAUUUGUGUUUAUUGACUUCAUAACAUACAGACGAGUUUAAUGGAUUACAGUGAAUGACAAUCUUGACUCAGGACAUCAGUGAAUUUCAGCUAUUUAUGGAACUUCCUAGAUUUCACCGUCAAUUGACUGCUGUUUUUGCAAAGGUUUUUUGUUUGCAUGGUGGUUUUAUUUUGUGCUUGAGGAAAUCCUGCUCUUAAAAUUUGUUUUCAGUGGAAAUGAAGUUAAAACAAUCAGCUUGAACUAUAAAAACGAGCAUGUUUCCUGAACACAAUACUCAAAAUAUUCAGGUACUUCCACAAUUGAACAUAUUUCCGAGUUCAACAGGUAUUCAAUGAGAAAAAUAUACUGUACUGGGUGAGACUUUUUAUCCAUUAAAACUGGGUGUUACAUACCAGAAUGGAGCCAGGUGAAAAGAGGAGAGGGGUUUAAAAAGUAAAAGGGAUACGUUAUGUCAGUGAAAAGGAACAUUGUUUCAGAGGCGGAGCAGGUUAUUAUAUUUUGAUUAAAGCUUACAAAGAGAUUUUUAUUUUUUACUAAAUAGGGUCAAUGUUUAUUUCAUGUUGACUUUAAAAUUCACCACUGAUGGAGCCCUGAUAACAUUGAAUUUGACCUGAUUAUGAAAGAGACAACAGUGUUUAACAACAAAUAUUGCUUGGAUCACCUUUUGUCUUUUACCUGCUUAAAGGGAUAGUUCACCCAAAAAUGAAAAUUCUCUCGUCAUUUACUCACCCUCAUGCCAUCCCAGAUGUGUGUGACUUUCUUUCUUCUGCUGAACACAAAGAUUUUUAGAAGAAUAUCUCAGCUCUGUAGGUCCAUGCAAUGCAAGUGAAUGGUCGCCUGAACUUUGAAUGUCUAAAAAGCACAUAAAGGCAGCAUAAAAGUAAUCCAUAAGACUCCAGUGGUUUAAUCCAUGUCUUCAGAAGCGAUAUGACAGGUGUGGGUGAAAAACAGAACAAUGUUUAAGUCCUUUUAUUUUUUUAUUACCAUAAAUCUCUUUCACUUCCACAUUCUUCUUCUUUCGUUUCUGGCAAUUCACAUUCUUCAUGCAUAUCGCCACUUACUGGGAAGGGAGAAGAAUUUAUAGUAAAAAAGGACUUAAAUAUUGAUCUGUUUCUCACCCACACCUAUCAUAUUGCUUCUGAAGACAUGGAUUUAAACAGUGGAGUGGUAUGGAUUACUUUUAUGCUGCCUUUAUUUGCAUUAUGGACCUUCACAUUUCUGGUCACCAUUAACUUGCAUUAUAUGGACCUACAGAGCUGAGACAUUCUUCUAAAAAUUUCUUCUGCAGAAGAAAGUAAUUCACAUCUGGGAUGGCAUGAGAGUGAGUAAAUGAUGAGAGAAUUUUUGGGUGAACUAUCCCAUUAAAAUAUAACUUUUCUUACACAUUUUUCUGGUUUGUAUUAUGUAGAUGUUAUUACAUAGAUUUUUUUUUUUUCCCCAGUUUGAGAUUCACCCUGUCGUUUAUAAUUUCUUUAAUUACAGAAAGUGGUCCAUUCUUACAUGGAGUGGUAAAUAUGAAUUUUAAUUAACAUAUUUAAGCAGAACUGAGAGCCCAUUUUUAUUCAAAAUGGAAGGUUAGGUUUUAGAAUGAAUUUGGGAAAGCUGUUCCUUAAGACUUCAUCGACUUAAAACAUUCACUCCUAAUACUUACAAAAACAUUUUGCUAUGUGAUUUAUGAACACUUAAAGACAUCAGUUUCAUGAGGCAUGCCAGGCCAUAAACAGUAUAUUAAAAUACUUUAACAUAUAACAUAGUAGCAUCUCCACACUAUGUAACAGAAAUUCCAGGGAAACAGAAUUUUGUAUGCUGAAUUCCUUCUGUUGCAGCACAUCUGAAAUGGUCUUGCAGGCUCAUUCUGUAUGUUGCCUUGCUGAACAUCUGUGUUUAUAGCGUUUAAGAACGUCCCGUCUGCAGAGCAUGUUUUCUGCAGUUCAAAGCUAGAUGUGAUGUCUUUUCAGAAACCAGUACAUAUCAAUGUGCUUUAUAUCAAAGUUGUUUUAGAUUUUUACAGUACUGUCUGACCUACGUAUAAUGUGCAAUUAAAAUAAUUUGAUGUGCAUAGUGGAACGCAGGAAAUACCGUAAAGUACAUAGUUAAGAAUUAAUCAAGAGUUACUUA